CUUCCCGGGCAGCCUCUCCGAAGUUCAGCCCUCCUGCUUCCCUCGGCGUAGUCCCUACCUCGCUGGGAAGCGAGCGGCCGGCAAGUUUCGGCGCGCACAGGAGGCGGGCCGUGGGCACCGUGCGCGCGGGAGGGGUAGCCGCGGCUUCGGGCUCGGCGUCCCCCGCGCACUUCGGCGAUGGCUUCUCAGUCGCGAAGGCGGUGGUUCCUCUGCCUUCGUCGUCUCCUGUUCCUUCUCCCCGGACUUUUACUGCCUCUUUGCGGCGCCUUCAACCUAGAUGUGGACAGUCCUGCUGAGUACUCUGGCCCCGAGGGAAGUUACUUUGGUUUCGCGGUGGAUUUUUUCGUGCCCAGCGCGUCUUCUAGGAUGUUUCUUCUGGUGGGAGCUCCCAAAGCAAACACUACUCAGCCUGGGAUUGUAGAAGGAGGGCAAGUCCUCAAAUGUGACUGGUCUUCUAACCGCCGGUGCCAGCCAAUUGAAUUUGACGCAACAGGCAACAGAGAUUAUGCCAAGAAUGAUCCAUUGGAGUUUAAGUCCCACCAGUGGUUUGGAGCAUCUGUGAGGUCAAAGCAGGAUAAAAUUUUGGCCUGUGCCCCACUGUACCACUGGAGGACUGAAAUGAAACAGGAGAGAGAGCCUGUUGGAACAUGCUUCCUGCAGGAUGGAACAAAGACUGUUGAGUAUGCUCCAUGCAGAUCAAGAAAUAUUGAUGCUGAUGGACAGGGAUUUUGUCAAGGAGGAUUCAGCAUUGAUUUUACUAAAGCUGACAGAGUACUUCUUGGAGGUCCUGGUAGCUUUUAUUGGCAAGGUCAGCUCAUUUCAGAUCAAGUGGCAGAAAUUGUAUCUAAAUAUGACCCCAAAGUUUAUAGCAUCAAGUAUAAUAACCAGUUAGCAACUCGGACUGCACAAGCUAUUUUUGAUGACAGUUAUUUGGGUUACUCAGUGGCUGUUGGAGAUUUCAAUGGUGAUGGCAUAGACGAUUUUGUUUCAGGAGUUCCACGAGCAGCAAGGACUUUGGGAAUGGUUUAUAUUUAUGAUGGGAAAAACAUGUCUUCCUUACAUAAUUUUACUGGUGAGCAGAUGGCUGCAUAUUUCGGAUUUUCCGUUGCUGCCACUGACAUUAAUGGGGAUGACUAUGCAGAUGUGUUUAUUGGAGCACCCCUCUUCAUGGAUCGUGGCUCUGAUGGCAAACUCCAAGAGAUGGGUCAGGUCUCAGUGUCUCUGCAAAGAGCUUCAGGAGACUUCCAGACAACAAAGCUGAAUGGGUUUGAGGUCUUUGCGAGGUUCGGCAGCGCUAUAGCACCUUUGGGAGAUCUGGACCAGGAUGGCUACAAUGAUAUUGCAAUUGCUGCUCCAUAUGGAGGUGAAGAUAAAAAAGGAGUUGUUUAUAUCUUCAAUGGAAGAUCUACAGGCUUGCAUGUGGUACCAUCUCAGAUCCUUGAAGGGCAGUGGGCUGCUCGGAGCAUGCCACCAAGCUUUGGCUAUUCAAUGAAAGGAGCCACAGAUAUAGACAGAAAUGGAUAUCCAGAUUUGAUUGUAGGAGCUUUUGGUGUGGACCGAGCUGUCUUAUACAGGGCCAGACCAGUUAUCACUGUAAACGCUGGCCUUGAAGUAUACCCUAGCAUUUUAAAUCAAGAUAAUAAAACCUGCCCACUGCCUGGCACAUCUCUCAAAGUUUCCUGUUUUAAUGUCAGAUUCUGCUUAAAGGCUGAUGGCAAAGGAGCACUUCCCAGGAUGCUUAAUUUCCAGGUGGAGCUUCUUUUGGAUAAACUCAAGCAAAAGGGGGCAAUUCGGCGAGCACUGUUUCUCCAUAACAGGUCCCCAGGUCACUCCAAGAACAUGACCAUUUCCAGGGGGGGACAGAUGCAGUGUGAGGAACUGAUAGCAUAUUUGCGGGAUGAAUCUGAAUUCAGGGACAAGCUCACUCCAAUUACUAUUUUUAUGGAGUAUCGGUUAGAUUAUCGAAUGGCUGCUGAUACAACAGGCUUGCAACCUAUUCUUAACCAGUUCACUCCUGCCAAUAUUAGUCGACAGGCUCAUAUUCUACUUGACUGUGGUGAAGACAAUGUUUGUAAACCCAAGCUAGAAGUUUCUGUAGAUAGUGAUCAAAAGAAGAUCUAUAUUGGGGACGACAACCCUCUGACAUUGAUUGUUAAGGCUCAGAAUCAAGGAGAAGGCGCCUAUGAAGCUGAGCUCAUUGUCUCCAUUCCACCGCAAGCUGAUUUCAUUGGGGUUGUCCGCAACAGUGAAGCCUUAGCAAGACUUUCCUGUGCAUUUAAAACAGAAAACCAAACCCGCCAGGUGGUUUGUGACCUUGGAAAUCCGAUGAAGGCUGGAACUCAACUUUUAGCUGGUCUUCGGUUCAGUGUGCACCAACAGUCAGAGAUGGAUACUUCUGUGAAAUUUGAUCUGCAGAUCCAAAGCUCCAAUCUUUUUGACAAAGUAAGCCCAAUGGUAUCUUACAAAGCUGAUCUUGCUGUUUUAGCUGCUGUUGAGAUAAGAGGAGUCUCAAGUCCUGAUCAUAUCUUUCUUCCAAUUCCAAAUUGGGAGCUCAAGGAGAACCCUGAGACUGAAGAAGAUGUUGGGCCAGUUGUUCAGCACAUCUAUGAGCUGAGAAACAAUGGCCCAAGUUCGUUCAGCAAGGCAAUGCUAAGUCUUCAGUGGCCUUAUAAAUACAAUAAUAACACUUUGUUGUACAUCCUUCAAUAUGAUAUUGAUGGGCCAAUGAACUGCACUUCGGAUAUGGAGAUUAACCCUUUGAGAAUUAAGGUCUCAACUUCACAAACAACUGAGAAGAAUGACACAAUUGCUGGGCAAGGUGACCGGAACCAUCUUAUCACUAAGCGGGAUCUCACCCUCAGUGAAGGGGAUGUUCACACUUUGGGCUGUGGAAUCGCUGAAUGCUUGAAGAUUGUCUGCCAGGUUGGGCGACUAGAUAGAGGAAAGAGUGCUAUCCUGUACGUGAAGUCUCUCCUGUGGACCGAGACCUUUAUGAAUAAGGAAAACCAGAAUCACUCAUAUUCCCUGAAGUCAUCUGCAUCAUUUAAUGUCAUAGAGUUUCCUUAUAAGAACCUUCCAAUUGAGGAUAUCUUCAAUUCCACAUUAGUUACCACUAAUGUCACCUGGGGGAUUCAGCCAGCACCUAUGCCUGUGCCUGUGUGGGUGAUCAUUUUAGCAGUUCUAGCAGGAUUGUUAUUACUGGCUGUUCUGGUGCUUGUAAUGUACAGGAUGGGCUUUUUUAAACGUGUUCGGCCACCUCAAGAAGAACAAGAAAGGGAACAGCUUCAACCGCAAGAAAAUGGCGAAGGAAACUCUGAAACUUAACUGAUUUUUUAACUUAUCCUACAUCCUGGCCCAUUAGAAUUACCAACUUCAUUACAGAUUUAAAUUUCCUUCACGAGGAAUAAAAUUCCAAGGCUGUACUGCUAUUGAUGAUCAUUGGCGUUAACCACAAAAUCAGAGCAAUAUUUGUCAACCUUUUCUUUACAAAUAAGUUCAGACAUACAUGUAAUGCGCAUCAACUGACUAGUGUUUUUAGUUAUUUAAAUGAUAAAAUUUCAAGUGAUAGUUCUUAUUCACUGUAUAUAUGAUAGGUAGUGCCUGAGUUACUACUUUGCAUAAGAUAGGAGCUCUUACAAUGACUGUUUCUUAUUUAGUAUGUUGGAUUUUGUUGUUUGUUAUUGUCAUCGUCAUUUUAAAGCAAUCCAGAUUUGGACCUUAGCAUCCAUAUCUUUUGUGCAGGUACUUAACGUUAGUACACUUUACACUACAAUUGACUCUUCAAGCUUCUAAAGACUUUAUAGCUGCAUGAACGUGGGUUUUAAUAUCACCUACAUGAUAGAACUUUUUUUUUUUUAAUGCAUGAUUACAUCAAAAUUCCUUUCUUAAAUAGCAAAGGUACACUGUUUUAAUACGGAAAUUCGGUACAUGCUGUUAAAUUUUUAUUUAUAUUUAAUCCACAACCUAUUUUAUUACAUAUUAACUUAUAAAGUUAAACUUCUAGGUGCUUAAAACUUAGUUCUGCUGUCAAAAACACCUCCUUUGUGUAGUAGUAUAAUUUCAGCUAAACAUCAAAACACUUCAAGCCAUAUGGGGUUGGAAAUCACUUCCUAAAUAACAUCUAUUCCAUUGUUUUGUUUUGGCUAUUAAAAAUAGAAAAAAGAAAUCAUUUUAAUUAAAAGACUGUGUUUGUAGUUCUUUGAUGUAGUUGCUUGUUAGUAGUACGUUCUUAGAUUAGGACAGAGUUUUUAGUUGGGAUUAAUUUAUUUUCCUCCUUUAUAUGUAUUUUUCCUUGUAUUUCCAAAACUGUAAUUGAGAACGGAUCAAGAUCAAUGAGGAAUCUUUACAAUUUACAGGAACCCUCCCCUGCAACACUUCAUCCUCCCACCCCACGAGAAAUGCUUGGAACCAAAACUCUUAAAAGUAGCUCGUUGGUUUACUUCUAGCAAUAGCAUAAUGCUAAUCACAUAGUUUAUUACCUCAGUUUAAGCAAGGUAAUGUAUAAAACCAAUCUCAGCUAUCAAAGUGACUUUUAGAAGGUAUUUUUAUAACCUACUUGUUACUGAAAACUUUUUAAAGCUUUCUUGGGUUUGUUAACACAAACUACUUUUCUCGGAUCUUUAUUAAAAACAGCCCAAUUGGCAAGUUAUAAUUUUAUACACCUGUAGGGUGGCGAAUCUUCUAGAGGAACAUGUGGUUUAUUCGGUUUCUCAAGGUCUGGGGAUGACGAUCAGUUAUACCUAUUUUUGUGUAAUUACAUCAUGAUGUGCGUUGGAAAUUGAGAGUUUAAAAGCUUUUUGAUUGCUGUCCUCAUUAGGCAAUGAUAAAUAUUUCCCUUAAAUAAUCGACUAUUUUUCUGUAUUUUAAAAAUAAUUGAAAUUUAUCUUGCCAUGUCUUAUAGUUCCCUGUACAAGUGCAUAAACCAAUCUUGAGAAUUUAAUCAUAAAACAAAAACACAUUUAGGUGAGCUAUCCAAGUUAGAACAUUAAUCAGAUUUAGUAGAUUUCAAAAUUUAUGAAUUUUGGAGUACAGAUUUUAUUAGUAGCUUAAAAUAUCAUAUGCAAUAAGUAUUUUUAUUACAAAUAACUUUAUAAUUUUUUAAGAAAAAAGUUUUUAUCCUAGGGACAAGUGUAUACAACCACUAAGUUGGUCUAUCACAACUUUCUUCUUACCUAUUUUCCUACCUAGUAGCAGUCAUUCCUGAAAAUGUAUGUUUGGUAGGUAUUCACUCUCUGACAAAAAUGUAUGUCUUUGUUUUUCCAGUCUAUUCCUUUUAGGACCUGUAGCUCAAGGUAUAAUCUUGUAUUGGGGUCUGAAGGAUGUCAUAAUUGGAAAUUAACAUGAUGUUUUAAUUUGCCUUUAGAAAAUGUAAUUUUAAGCGAUGAUUUGGAUUUUUCUUUCUAAAAAAUGAAAAAUUAUAUCUCUGUAAAAAGGUGGUAGAAGUAUAAUUUGAAAGCCAGCUCUUUGAAGAAUAUGUUUGGAAAAAUGUUGACAUAGUUUUUACCUUAAAGUAGCAUGUGAAUGUAUUUCAUUAAAAAAAAAAAAAGUCCUAUGAAAAUAUGUAUUUACUUUCUCAAUAUUUAAAAUAUCAGUUUGUGAUUUAUUAAGAAUUAAAAUCCAUUUUAAAGUGUAAAAUUCUUGUAAUCUGAGUUGAACUAGAAAAUAUAAAAAGUAUUUGAUAUUGAUAAGAAAUAUACUGAUUUUUUUUUUUUUUUACUUAUAUAGGUACUUGAGAAUUCAUAUUUUGAGAAAAAUUUGUGUGAGGGUUAUUUCCUUCUCUUCCCUUUACCUCUCUUUUAUGGUUAUUAUUGUAAUUCUGAUUAAAUUCUCACUGAUUCCAAAGUGUAAAACAAUUAAUCAAAAUAUUAUUGCCACAAUUCUCCCUGUUAUAAAACUUCUUAUUCACAGUAAAUUCUCACUAACAUUAUUUAUAUUAACGUGAGGAGAAAAUUCAAGUAUUAGUAAAAAAAAAAAAAAAGUACACUGGCUUCUGUAAGUUUCUGAUAGUGAAUCAUAAGGAAAUUUAUGUGGCAAACUAUAGAAUAUAAUAGAUCAUCUGGUUUGUGUGAGUCAAACAGGAUUUAUAAGUUGAUAGACAUUCUUAUAUUGCAGAAUGUUGUGCUGAGACGGGGAAGAAUGAAUCAUUCUUGGAAUAUCUGUGUGUGACCAUUGCCUAUCUCAGAGUCACCUUGUUUGUACUGUUGGAUAUCUUGUAUAUUUAGUAGUUUCAUAAAUAUGAAAAAAAUACAAAAUUUGCAAGUCAAAUGUAGAAUUAAAAAAGAAAAGAAAUGACCCACAUACUCAGUGUUUUGGAGAGCACCCUUUUUAACUUAUUGGUAGGCUAGCUUCAAAGGUGAACCUGUGGACGUGCAGCAUACAAUAUGUAUUUCAUGGUAAUUUCUGAUAUGCAGUGAACUUCUUGGGGUAGGUACGGAUCUUUUAUUUUUGUUGUCAUUGUUCUCAAGUGCAAUAUAACAACGAAAGGAAACUUAGAUAAUUUCAAAGUCAUUUUAUAGUAAACCAUAGAGAUUAUUAGCUUUUUGUUUGUUUUUAGCAGGAGGGAGUGAAUCUGCUAUGGAUAUACAAGUGACAUCGUUUAUCCCUAAAAAGCCAAUUCUGCAUUUUAUUUGAGACUCUAUAUGAAUUCUCCCCUACCAAUUUUGAAACACUUUCAGAUAUCUUAAGGUAACUUGGAAGCUGUGUGUAUCAAAUUAAUAUACCCAAGUGACAUAGGAAGUAGUUUUCUUUGUUAUAGCUUCUCUUGUGAUCACCCACAUUGGGUGAAACAUAAAUUGAGUGUAUUCUAAAAUUUGUCAUUUGCUAACUUAAUUUGGGUUAGUGAAAACUGGUACAGUGUUCUUCUGACUUUUCAGUGUGUAACUUGUGACUAUACAAUAAAAUGGAGCAUAUGAUGCCA